CCAAACAUCAUGGAAUCAAUGAAUGCCUUGUUGAGCAUUGACCUAUCGUAUAAUCAGCUUGAAGGUCCAAUUCCUGAAAGCAAAGGUUUUUCGGUAGAAACAUUGCAAGGGAACAAGGGUUUGUGUGGAAAUGUUAGAGGAAUGAAGCCAUGCCCUUCAGAAAAGCAUUCACAAAAGGGAUACCACAAACUUGCACUACUGAUUUCCCUUCCACUUGUUGGUGGUCUUGUGGCAAUUCUAACUUUCUAUAUUUGGAGAUCUAAGAAGAGCUCAUCAACACCAGGACCGCAGGUGGACGCAGCAGAUACAAAAGCAGGUGGAGAUUUCUUUUCAAUUUCAACUUUUGAUGGAAAGGAGACCUACAACGAAAUCCUAAGGGUGACGGAAGAGUUUAAUGAAGCAUAUUGCCUCGGAAAGGGUGCAUUUGGAAGUGUGUACAGAGCGAAUUUGACAUCAGGUGAGGUUGUUGCUGUAAAAAGACUUCAUCGGUCCUCUGAGGUAAUCAAUCGCCCUGAUUUUCUAAAUGAGAUCCGAGCAUUGACACUGAUAAGACACAAAAAUAUUGUCAAGCUACAUGGCUAUUGUUCACACGUUAGAAACUCAUUCUUGGUUUACCAGUAUCUUGAAGGGGGUAGUCUAGCUAGUGCUUUGAGUGACAGUAGGAGUGCUCAAAACUUGGAUUGGACCAAAAGGGUGAACAUCAUUAAAGGUGUUACUUACGCUUUAUCAUAUAUGCACCAUGAUUGUUCACCCCCUAUUGUUCAUCGAGACAUAUCAAGCAAAAAUAUUUUGCUUGAUUCGGAUUAUGAAGCUUGCAUUUCAGACUUUGGUACGGCAAAAAUUUUGGACCAAAACUCGUCGAAUUGGAGUAACGUUGCAGGAACAUACGGAUACCUUGCACCAGAACUCGCUUACACAAUGAAAGUAACAGAAAAGUGCGAUGUGUAUAGUUUUGGGGUUCUAGCGUUGGAAGUCAUUAAAGGAGAACAUCCAGGUGAUGUCAUUACAUCUAUAACAUCUCCAUCAGCUGAGAAGAUCGAGCUGGGCAAUCUGCUAGAUCACCGUCUUCCAAAUCCACUCCCAGAGAUGGAGAAAGUUCUUACAUCCAUUUUGAUUCAAGCAACAAGAUGCGUAAAUCCAAAACCUGAAAUAAGGCCUUCCAUGCUUAAUAUUUCUAAGGAAAUUUCAUAG